UUUUACAAUCCAUGACCUCCGGGGCUUGGGGGCGAAAAAAUUUUAUGGAAAAUUCUGCGGAGGAUCUAUUGACCAUAUCAGUAUUCGACAGCUUCAGCUUAUCCUCUUCAAAGUUGCACUUAUGCUGGGAAUUGAAAUCCAUGUGAACGUAGAGUUUGUGAAAGUUCUGGAACCUCCUGAAGAUCAGGAAAACCAAAAGAUAGGUUGGCGGGCUGAAUUUCUCCCAAUGGAUCACCCUCUGUCAGCAUUUGAAUUUGAUGUUGUUAUUGGUGCAGAUGGUCGCAGGAACACUUUAGAAGGUUUUAGAAGGAAGGAGUUUCGUGGAAAGCUGGCUAUAGCUAUCACAGCCAACUUUAUCAACAGAAACACAACUGCAGAAGCCAAGGUAGAGGAAAUUAGUGGUGUUGCUUUCAUCUUCAAUCAAAAAUUCUUCCAGGACCUUAAAGAGGAAACGGGAAUUGACCUGGAGAAUAUUGUUUACUACAAAGAUAGCACUCACUAUUUUGUAAUGACAGCAAAAAAGCAGAGUCUUCUGGACAAAGGAGUGAUUAUCAAUGACUGUAUUGAUACCGAGAUGCUUCUCUGUGGGGAAAACGUAAACCAGGACAAUCUGCUGUCUUAUGCAAGGGAAGCUGCAGACUUUGCAACCAAUUACCAGCUGCCUUCCUUGGAUUUUGCGAUUAAUCACUAUGGGCAGCCAGACGUGGCUAUGUUUGAUUUUACUUCCAUGUAUGCCUCUGAAAAUGCUGCACUAAUAAGAGAAAGGCACAGACAUCAGCUCUUAGUUGCCCUUGUUGGAGAUAGUUUACUUGAGCCCUUCUGGCCGAUGGGUACUGGCUGUGCAAGAGGCUUCCUAGCUGCUUUUGAUACAGCAUGGAUGGUGAAGAGCUGGGAUCAAGGAAAACCCCCACUAGAGAUCCUUGCUGAACGAGAGAGCAUUUAUCGACUAUUGCCCCAGACUACACCCGAAAAUAUCAACAAGAACUUUGACCAGUAUACCAUUGACCCAGGAACGCGCUAUCCCAACUUGAACUCCAGCUGUGUUCGACCUCAUCAGGUUAGACAUUUGUAUGUUACAAAUGAGCUACAACAAUGCCCUCUUGAAAGGGUCAGCUCUAUUAGAAGAUCAGUGAAUGUCUCAAGGCAUGAAUCCGAUAUUCGACCUAAUAAGCUUUUAACCUGGUGUCAGAAACAGACAGAAGGCUACAGGAACGUUCAUGUCACUGAUCUCACUACUUCUUGGAGGAGUGGCCUUGCGCUGUGUGCAAUUAUGCACCGCUUCAGACCUGACCUCAUUGACUUUGACUCUUUGAAUGAAGAAGAUGUUGUUGAAAACAACCAGCUGGUGUUUGACAUCGCUGAACGAGAGUUUGGAAUUCCUCCAGUCACCACUGGGAAAGAGAUGGCGUCUGCUGGAGAGCCUGAUAAACUCAGCAUGGUCAUGUACCUCUCAAAAUUCUAUGAGCUAUUUAGAGGAACCCCUCUGAGAGCAGUUGAUGCUGUGGAUAAGCAAAAUGGAGAAAAUAAUGACCUUUGCUCAGCAAAAUCAUCAAACUUCAUCUUUAAUAACUACAUCAAUUUAACGUUACCAAGGAAGCGAGUACCAAAAGUUGAAAGGAGAGAAGAAAAUGAUAUGAACAAAAGGCGUCGAAAGGGCCUCGGUGGCUUUGAAGAGGCUUCACGUUUUUCUAGUCGGGGUACGAAUUCUGGUAAAGAUCAGGGCGACAGAGAAGGAAUGAAUCAAAAUAAAGUAAAGUCAAUGGCAACGCAGCUGUUGGCAAAGUUUGAAGAAAAUGCCCCAAACACAUCUCUCCGGAGACAGGAGCUAGUAGAUAAACCAGCCCUGCUCUCUUCCUCUGAUCCUCCUGCUAAUCCUCGCUUUACUAAGCCUAAGGAGCCAAGUCCUUCACCUCCACCAAAGAGUCAGUUUCAGGCAGUAGCUAGGACUGAACAUGUGGUCAGAGAGCCAAAGCAAUCUUUGCAUGGUUCUGAUCGUGUGGCCAGGGGAUCAAGAAUUGUAGAAAAAACAGACAUACAGUCCAGGCUUUCAGAAACUCUUGCAUCUACCUGUCCUGCUGCAUUUGUGAUUUCUGGAGUGCUUAAACGCCUUCAGCACGUGGAGGAAAAAAUUAAUCAGAAAGCUCAGUCCGUAGCAAAUAGGGAAUUUCAUAAAAAGAACAUUAAAGAGAAAGCAGCUCAUCUUGCCUCAAUGUUUGGAUACGUGGACUUACCAAAGAAUAAACUACCUAUUAAAGGCCUAUCCUAUUAUCAGCCCCCAACUCCCUCUUGCCUUCCAGCUCAUGAUUCAGCUGCUACUUCAUCUUCAUCAUCUAUUCACUCAGCUUCCCCUGCUGUUCAAUCUAGCAAGAUGACUGUAGGGAAGGUGUCACGUGGAAUAGGGGUUGUGGCUGAAGUCCUUGUCAAUCUCUCUGUGAAUGACCACAAGCCCAAGCCACAGUUUUCCUCCCCAGAACUGAACCAGUCAUUGGACACAGCUACAUCUUUCCCCACUUCCUAUUCCACUUCUCCAACUUGUGCUUCUACUGUUCAGAGUUGUCAGGGAUCUCUGCGAAAAGAAUUUCCUCAGACUAUAGGUGGCAGUGACAUCUGUUAUUUCUGCAAGAAACGGGUAUAUGUCAUGGAGCGCCUGAGUGCAGAGGGCCACUUCUUUCAUAGGGAAUGCUUUAAGUGUGAUGUAUGUUCUACAACGCUCCGCCUAACAAUCUAUGCAUUUGAUGUAGAAGAAGGUAAAUUUUACUGCAAACCUCAUUUUACACAAUGUAAAACAAGCAAUAAGCACAGGAAAAGACGAUCUACAUUAAAAACGCAAGAGAAAGUGGAAACAGAAAUGUGGAUGCAAGAGGAACCCAAGCACCCAGAAACCACCACAGAAAGUACUACUUCUACUGUUAGCAGUCCAGAGGACAGGCCCCCAGUUCAUUUCAACAUUCCAGUUCUACGUCCAUUCAUUGGCUGAAACAUUUCUGUUGUAAGGUGAUUGUUCUGCUUGACAGUUUCAGAAUAUUGUAACUAACCGCUAAUAUCGUUUGACAACAUUUUGGAGCAAACUGUGUGUCUGGUAUAUUAACGGAUGAAAGCUUUAGCAUGAUUAUUUUUUUUUAACCAAUUGCACAGCGCACAAUGCAAGAAAAGAUCAUUUCUUAUGUUUCUAUAAAGGACAUUUCUUUCUUUCCUCCCCUGCAUGUACAUCUUUUCUCAUGUUUUUAAAUAUUAGGCAACUCCAUUGUUUCUCAAAUACUAAUUAAAUAAAACUCUACUUCUUUCAAAGUAUAAUAUCUGCACUAAUUCAGAACCAGAGCAUGAAGAAUCUUACAGAUGGUCUUCUGUGUCUUGUUUAAGUGGGGAUAGUAAUGCUUACCAGUUUCGUAAAGCACUUUUUAGCUAUCUGGAUGAAACAGUGCUAUAUGAAUGUGAACCAUUUCCCCUCAAUAUUCAGGGAGGAAAAAAAGUUGAAGUUUCUGAUAAAACAAAAAUCCACAUUCAGAGCAAUAAAAAUUCCUAUACAAGAGGGGGGGAAAAAACCCAGAGUUCAUAGGCAGUUUAAUAAAAAUGGAGGUGCUCUUUUAUGUUUAAGGCACUUGGAUUUGUAAUAAACAAUCAGGGUUCUGUAAUUAGAAUGUUUGAUUCCAAUUGUUUUCACUAAUAACCGUUUUAACUAUGCCCAAUUAGCAACUUUGGGGUUUGUUUUAUUAACUGAUAAUAGAUUUGUCUUGGUGCAUGAGAAGUUACUUUUAUUUCCUAUGAAGGGCUUGUGAGAAUUUUUUUUUAAAUGCCAAGUAUAUUUGAAUAAAAUGAUAAUCUAAAAAGAGAGAUGCCUACAAAUGAGAACCUAUGUACCAAUCCUGCAAAUGGAUCCAUUAGCAUGGAACCCUGCACUCUUGCAUAUUCUAAUUGAAAUCACUGGGGCAGUGGUCCAUGUUGUGAAUCCAAUUGCACAUGCAGGA